UUCAAAACUCUAAAGCCAUCAACCAAAACCAGAAACUUUGACUGGUAAAGGAAACAGAGGAGACGUCGAAUUUUUGUUACCGGAGAAAGAUAAAGUCAGAGUUUCAUCUUCAUAUAAUCAACGGCAAGCGCCGGCGAUUUCGGCGGCGUGAGGGAUGAAAGUUCGUAGGAAACUCGGUGGUGGUUGCGGCGGAGAAGUCGUUGUUUCGUGGCGGAUGUUUUUCUGGUUCGUGAUUCUGUUUGUCUUCUCCUUCGUUCUCUUCUCCACCAUGUUCAUCUUUAAAGGAAAGUUUCGUCCGGUGGUUCGUUCGACGAUAAGCUUCUCAACGGCGAGGGAAGUUCUCGCCGACUCUGUAACGUCUUCUCCGGCAGUUACGAUUCGUGAAGCAGUGAAAUUACCUGAGCAAACACUGGUUUUCCUAAAAUACCCUCAGUCCCUUCGGUUAUUUACGAAAAACGAUCUCGUUUGCGUUUUCUCCGGUGCGUCGAAGCUACGGAAAGCUUAUCCGACGGCUGUGGAUAAAGACAAAUUCGGAGGACAGAUCGUGCGGUGUCCCGAGACGCCUCGUGGCCACACCGUAUCGCUCGCUAUUUCGAGAUGGACGGCGGAUGAGCAUCUCCCGGCGGGGCCAACUCACCGGUGGGAUUGGCUUGUUUACGACGCUGUGAUCGACUACGAUAACUCCACGGUGGUUUUUGUCAAGGGGCUUAAUCUACGGCCAGGAAGAGUUGCUGACGUGUCUAGAUAUGAGUGCGUGUACGGCUGGGAUUUCACGAAGCAUAAUCGGUUAAUAAGAUCAGAUGUCAUCUCCGCGGCGCAGGAGAUCGUACGUUGUAGAACACCGUUAGCUGUAUUGGACGGCCCAAAAGCGGCUCAUGGGCCUGUAAAAGUCUCGGUUAGAAUCAAAGGAGGAACUGGUAUGCUUCCUUCGAUUGCUCAACCGGGUCGGAUUAUUAAACCGCUGAGGAAGAAGCCGUUUCAGAUGUGCGUUUGUACUAUGACGCGAAACGCAGCCGCGGUUUUGAGAGAGUGGGUGAUGUACCACGCCGGAAUCGGCGUUCAACGGUGGUUCAUCUACGACAACAACAGCGACGACGAUAUCAUCGCCGAGAUCGAGAAUCUCGAAAGCCGCGGUUACAACAUCUCGAGACAUUUCUGGCCAUGGAUCAAAACUCAAGAAGCAGGAUUUUCUAAUUGCGCGAUUCGUGCAAAGAGCGAUUGCGAUUGGGUUGCGUUUAUCGACGUCGACGAGUUCUACUACAUCCCUUCCGGUGAAACCCUAACUUCCGUCAUCAAAAAUUACACAACCUCCGACUCAAUCGGCGAAAUUCGAACGCCGUGCCACAGUUUCGGACCGUCGGGAUUGAGAUCUCAGCCACGAGAUGGAGUCACUGCGGGAUACACUUGCCGUGUAAUUUUACCGGAGAGACACAAGAGUAUAAUCCGGCCGGAAGCAAUGAACGCGACGCUGAUCAACGUCGUUCACCAUUUUCACCUCAGAGAUGAAUUCACGUUUGCUGACGUGGAUAAGGAUGUAAUGGUAAUUAACCAUUACAAGUACCAGGUCUGGGAGGUUUUCAAGGAGAAGUUUUACCGGAGAGUCGCGACUUACGUGGCGGAUUGGCAAAACGAAGAGAACGUCGGGUCGAGAGAUCGGGCACCCGGUUUAGGAACCAGACCCGUUGAACCACCCGAUUGGUCUGAGAGGUUCUGUGAGUUGAAUGAUACGGGGUUAAGAGAUCGGGUGUUUCAGAUGUUCAAAAACAGUAAAACGCAGCGUUUGAUUUGGGAUAAAACGGAUGACGCCGACUCGAUCCAGAGAAUGGUGAAUGAAUCACCAUCGAGAGUUACUACUCACCGAUCUGGAGAUGGAUCAAAGGAAGCAUCGAUCAUGAGAGAGAAGAAUGGUGAAAACGCAGAGAUUUUCAUCAGUCCGAGAUUCAAAUCGGCGGCGGCUUUGGCGGGUUGGGACGAAGAAGAUCUGAUCAUCGCUAGCUUCGUGGUUGAAGAUACUCCUGAAAGAAGUACGUCUAAACGAAGGAGACGUUCCAAUUUGUUGUUUAAAUCAACCCCUCCUUCAGGUUCUUCAAGAAGGAAGCAGAGAGUUAAGCAGAAUCUUGCCCCCUUACCUGUUAUUGAUCUUGAUGAAGUAAUCAGACAUGAAGAAGAGAAAUCUGCAGAGAAGAAGAAAAAGAAAAGAGAGAUGGAAGCAGAAAAACAAGAAGAGAAGAAAAUAGAUAAAGAUGAGAAGAUAUUUUCAGAGCAGAACUCAAUUCCUGUUGUGCUUCCUUGCAUAGAUAAGCUUCGAGAUGAAUUGUCUUGCGCGAUAUGUCUUGAGAUUUGCUUUGAACCCAGUACUACAACUUGUGGACACAGCUUCUGCAAAAAGUGUUUGCGAUCUGCGGCGGAUAAGUGUGGAAGGAAGUGCCCUAAAUGCAGGCAAUUGAUAGGAAAUGGAAGAUAUUGUACGGUUAAUACGGUUCUUUGGAACACGAUCCAGCUUCUGUUCCCUAAAGAAGUUGAAGCACAGAGAGCUGCUUCUGCUAACUUGAAAGGCAAAGAAACGCCGAGUCCUAGAAACAAUAACCAAAGGCUAAGAAGCAGAAACAGAGAAGCUGCAUCCUUUCAAGAAAGGUUGCAAAGAGAGGAUAUUUCGAGAUUGCUUGUAUCCGAAGAGAGAAGCGAGAGGAGCGAGAGAAGGAGGAGAAACGCAAGUAGUAUGAGGUUGGACCAAGAUAGGGAUGCUGCAUUAGCCUUGCGGUUGCAGCGGCAGGAGUUUGCUUCUGCGUUUGGCGUAACGACGGCUGAAACUUCUUCUUCAUCGGUUUCUAAUCUGUCGCUAGCAAGAGCUAACCUGCGAGCUUUGGCGGCAAGAGCUGUUCGCAGGCAAGGAUCAACAUCUUGAAUGAGAUUCAUCAUCAUCUUUAGCCUGAAUCUGCCUCGGAUAUAGGCCAUUAUUCAGUUCCUUAUUCCUGAAAUUUCUGUAAUCUCCAUAGAAUCUGCUCUCUAAUACUUUUAAGCAAAUCUUACAGCAUACAGUUUUGCUCUUUCA